AGCUCCCUGCAGGGGAUUUAUGUCUGAAAGUCUGUAGUUUAAAGUAUGCCACAUUGAUAGAAGAAGCAGACACACUCGUCGAUCGUCUAAAAACGAUCCUUUGUCUAAAGUACAGAUUCCUUCAUGGGUUCCCCUGCAGCUGCAGCCCGGACUCUCCGACUGUCGGCACUCUCUGCCCGGACUUUACCAGCAGCUCGAGUCGCUCCAGACCUCCGACACAGGAGAAACCUGAACGUCCGGGCGGCGACUGAGGCAAAGAAGUUAAAGAGCAUCGAUGACCUGCCGGGGCCAAGUUUACCCACCACUUUAUACUGGUUAUUUGUCAAAGGAUAUGCGGACAAGAGCCACUUACUGCAGGAUGUACAGAAGAGAUUGUACGGGCCCAUCUGGCGCUCCAGGUUCGGUCCGUUCGACAUUGUUAAUGUGGCGACUCCAGAGCUCAUAGCUCAGGUAAUCCGACAGGAGGGUCGGCAUCCAGUCCGAGCUGAGCUGCCUCACUGGAAGGAGUACCGGGACCUGAGAGGACAGGCUUAUGGUCUGCAUGUGGACACAGGACAGAAUUGGUACAGAAUCCGCAGCGUUCUGAACCCCAAGAUGCUGAAGCUUGGGGAGGUUUCGGCCUACGCCCACGUCAUCCACCAGGUCGUUGGAGAUCUGCUGCAACGCGUUGAGCUCCUCCGGUGUCGCAGUCCGGACCAGAGCACGGUCUCAGAUAUAGCUGCUGAGUUCUACAAGUUCGGCUUUGAAGGUAUCUCCUCCAUCUUGUUUGAGACCAGGUUGGGCUGCCUGCAGGAGGAGAUUCCUGAGAACACACUGCGCUUCAUCAGUGCUGUCAAUGACAUGCUGACUCUGUCUGAGACUGUGGUCCUGUUUCCCCGCUGGAGCCGCGGCGUCCUCCCCUUCUGGAGACGCUUCGUCCAGGCCUGGGACGACCUCUAUGACGUAGCUCACACCCUCAUCGACAGGAGAGUCGCUGAAAUUAAAGCUCAGGUGUGCAGCGGGGAGCAGACAGAGGGAAUGUACCUUACCUACCUGCUGUCCUCUGACAAGCUGAGCAGAACCGAGGUCUACAUCAGCAUUACUGAGCUGCUGCUGGGAGGGGUCGACACGACCUCUAACACCCUGUCCUGGGCGUUGUACCAUUUAGCGAGGGACCGCACCGCUCAGGAUCGACUGUACUGCGAGGUGAACUCUGUGUGUCCGGACAGACGGGAGCCGACCACAGACGACCUGAGCAGGAUGCCUUACCUGAAAGCUGUCAUAAAGGAGACUUUACGCCUUUAUCCUGUGGUUCCAGGAAACGGGCGCUUUGUUACAGAGAACGAGGUAGUCGUGGACAACUACUGCUUUCCAAAAAAGACUCAGUUCCAUCUGUGUCACUAUGCAGCCAGCCACGAUGAGGCCGAGUAUGUAGACGCAGAGCUCUUCAUCCCCGAGCGGUGGCUUCGCGCUAAGGUGUCCGGCGGGGCGUCAAAGGCCGGCUUCUUCCAGCAUCACCCCUACAGCUUCAUCCCCUUCGGCGUGGGGGUGCGAGCCUGCGUGGGGAAGAGGGUGGCAGAGAUGGAGAUGCACUUUGCUCUGUCCAGGCUAAUGCAGCACUAUGAGGUCCUGCCUGAAGAUGGAGCCCAAGUGGUGGAGCCUAAAACUCGAACCCUGCUCAUCCCUGCAAAGCCAAUCAACCUACGCUUCCUGCCUAGAGCCUGAUGAGGGCGCUGUGUGAGCGUAAACACAACAGGUGUAAAUGAUGAACAUUUAACUGUAUGCAAUUCAAGGAUGUCAGAAUGAAACACUUUGUGUACUGAGGCUGUAACCUCAGUUUAAUUUGCUGACUCGGUGUAUUUGGCUCUCACUCAUGUUUAUCUGAUGAAAUCGGUUUAACUUGCAUUGGAAGUUGUGAGUCAGAAGCUGAUGUGUCGGGUCUUGUUCUUAAACGUUUGUGGUUUUGAAUGUAUGCUGCCUUCCUCUGACAGAGAGGUAAAAAAAAAAAAAGCAGCCUGUGGUGAUACCAGUUUAUGUUUUAAUAACUCUGCAAACUUAGCUCAACUUUAUUUUUUUACUUUUAGCUCUACGUCAGCGUUAAGGAGGCAGGAGGUAAGAUGUGAGGUAAUGCAGGAAACAGGAAACAAAAAGGGAGGAGAGGCUGAACUCGUGCAAAUUAGAAGCUACACAUGUUAACAUUUUAUUCUUACUGAUUAUCUCAGAACUUUUCACACUUUAUGGGAUUUUAUCUGUAAAUGCAUUUGUACACAAACUAUAUAUCUUUUCAUUUGUUUUUCUAACAUUGUAGAUAAAAUGAAUCUCAAAAUAUAUUUUAACAUGAUACAACUCUUAAAACGUUUUUUUUUAUGUUAAUGCACAAAUAAAAUGUAUAUUUUCUGUGA